AUGAGCCUGCCUAGCCACAACCUUGAAGCUCUCGAGCAGCGUCGCCUUGCGCUGAAAGAAAGUAUCCUUCAACUCCAAAAGUCACUUUACCAUUGGCGCACCUGGGAAGCAGAAUAUGACGGACUCCGCGACGAAAUCAAAGAUCUGCCCGAUGACGCCACUACCGAUGACUUUCUCGCUGUGGGACGCGGAUUUGGUGGUUCAUUGGUAACCGAGGAGGAAAUGCAGACUAUCAUCGGCACGCAAGGCGCAUCACGGACAAGCGAACAAAUCGUCAGCCUUCUCGGACGGCGCAUCGACUACGUGAAGCAGAAUGUUACAAUCAUGGAGAAGAGGCUACGUGCUGCGGAGGACGACAUUGUUGCGUUGGAUACAAGCGAACGCCCACCGGUUGAAGACGGCACGGAUUUUCCCAUGAAAGAGAUUAUGGAAGAGCUGGAUGAGGACGGAGGCGUCAUCUCUGGAUCGGUAAAUACGCCAGGUGAUCAGGCACCACAGCUCUUGGAGGUCUUGAAGAAGGUCGGCGUUGAGAAUAUCCCGCACAAGGCCGAAGACUCCAGUGAAGGUGCCUCGACCACGCCUCAACAGAGGGCGGAUAACACUCAGACAAACGCCACCAAGUCUCAGGAGAAUGAAUCUUCGAAUGGUUCAACUCCCCGACCGGAAGCCAACUAUUCUCCGGUACAGGAGCUGGAUAUCGCAGAGCCAGUGUCCAUUGUGACGGAUGAGGAUCGGAAUCAGCCACCCAUUACCGGUAUCGAUGAGUCGUUGGAAGAUGCAACAUUACGCCGAGAGAUGUUUCAGUACGGUAUUAAUGAGGUGGGUGCGAUUGUCGCUGAGCUGGAGCUGGAUGAAGACGGAAGCGAUGUGUCAUAUGACGAAGACUACGCAUGGGCUACAGACGAGGACGCGGAGGAGGAAGAUGAGUUCGGCCGGUCGCGAACCGAGCUGAGUGAUGAAUACCACAAACAGAUGCGAGAGUUAGAGGAAAAACUGAAUGCCCGCGGCAUGUGGAACAUGGGCAAGGACUCGCGAACUUUCCCGGCCGAGGUGCAAGAAGAAGUCGAGGCGGCCGCUGCAGCACAAGCCAUUCAGCCUGAAGUUGCGGAGAGCUCUUCAAAGGCAACGAAACCAAAGAAGCGAGUUGCAUUUGCUGACGAACUCGACAUCGCCCCUACGCCCAAGGCUCCGCAGAUUGAGCAUAUCCCAACUGCUGAGAGAAGGACUCUCCCACCCAAGUCUGACGUGACUGUACUGUCAGACGCUAUUGUUGAGCGUACAGAUUGUGUGCAGGAUACCCAGCCAAACGCUGCUGCUGCCCUUCCCAGGAAGGCUUCUCGGUUCAAGAGUGCGCGCUCAGCCGCCCCCGACGCCGGGACUACUAUUAAGCCUGUAUCAACAAAUGGGGCACAAUUUGCAGAGUCUCAUUCCACUCGAAAACAGGCUAAUGCUGUUCAAUCAAUAAACACACCUGCCCUCUUCCCUGCCACUCCUCAGGCACCCAAGCCAUUCUCUACCCCGAUCCAGGAUCUCCCUGAAAGCUCAUCUGGCCCUCAACCGCCACAGGGGAAGACGUUGGCGGACACACUUGUUGAGCGAGAAGUUACUCUCGGAACCGCUCCUGCCCCGGAACUGGACGACCUAAACGAGGAAAUCCACCGCCGUGAAAUUGCCAGCGAGUUUUAUAAAAUGCGAAACCACAUGAUUCAGCAGAAUGGUGGCUUUGUGAAUAACGAAGAGCCUGAAAUGGUCCCAAUCGACACUGAAGAACAACCGAAGCGGAUGAGCAAGUUCAGAGCUGCCCGCAUGAAUCAAUGA